UUUUUCCUUUUUCUUCUUCUCUUUCUUUUCAAUUUACAUCAUGAUUAAAGGAUUUAAAGUGGCUUUUUCUAGAAACAAGUCUUCACAACAAGACGUCUCUAAAGCAAACACACCCGUAGACGCAACACCCACUUCUUCUUCUUUGCCUAAUCCUAAAAAGUCGAAAUCAGCACCUACUAACAAAUCCACUAAAUCAAACAGUCAAAAUAAACCUUCCAUCUUAUCUCGAGCCAGCAUUCAAAACAUAUUACCUACAACAACGACUACAGCUUCACCUGUCGUUGUAGACAAUACAGUAGCUCCGAGUAUCACUUCAUCACCACCACCACCACCAACACUACCUUGUUUAUCCAUGCAACCACAAGAAAACACAUUAGUGUCACCUUCCCUUUCUUCACCUAAACAGAUCAAUAAACAACCCCCGAAUAGUGCUAUGGCAUGGUUAAAAGGCGCCUCCAAAGACACAAUUCCUAUCGGAAAAGCACCUAGACGACAAAAAUCAUCUCGUUUUCACGUAUACAACAAAGUCACUUUAGAAAACUUACCGUUACUUAAAGAAGUACCACCUGCCAAAAGAACAGAAUUGUUCUUGAAAAAACUAGCACAGUGUCAAGUUUUGUUUGAUUUCAGUGAUCCUUCUUCAGAUCUUGGUGGCAAGGAAAUCAAAAGACAAGCAUUACAAGACAUGUUGGAAUAUGUGGCAACAACCAAAGGUGCAUUGACAGACAGUGUAUAUCCUGAAGUAGUGAAAAUGUUUUCUGCCAAUCUGUUUCGUACGAUUCCUCCACCCGCAAACAGAGAAGAAGGGUAUGAUCCAGAAGAAGAUGAACCUACACUAGAAGCAGCUUGGCCUCAUUUACAACUUGUCUAUGAAUUCUUUUUACGGUUUGUUGAAUCGCCUGAUUUCAAUGUUCAUGAAGCCAAAAAGUACAUUGACCAAAAGUUUAUUUUACAGUUGCUUGAAUUGUUUGAUAGUGAAGAUCCUAGAGAGAGAGACUUUCUCAAGACAACAUUACAUCGAUUGUAUGGCAAAUUUCUGAAUUUACGAGCAUUUAUUCGAAAAUCAAUCAACCACAUCUUUUUCCAAUUUGUGUAUGAAACCCAAAGUUUCAAUGGUGUUGCUGAACUAUUAGAAAUCUUGGGCAGUAUUAUCAAUGGAUUUGCACUUCCCUUAAAAGAAGAACACAAGACAUUUUUAAUUCGUGUGCUGAUGCCAUUGCAUAAACCACCUACUCUCUCUACUUAUCAUCCACAGCUGGCUUAUUGUGUAGUCCAAUUCCUUGAAAAAGAUGCUUCUCUAACAAAACAAGUAGUAGAUCAUUUACUAAGAUAUUGGCCCAAAGUUAAUAGUGCCAAAGAAGUCAUGUUCUUGAAUGAGAUUGAAGAAAUAUUGGAUGUGACAGAUAAUGUUGAAUUUCCUAAAAUAAUGGUACCUGUCUUUCAGAAGAUUGCACAGUGCGUAUCCAGUUGUCAUUUUCAAGUGGCAGAGCGGGCUCUCUAUCUCUGGAAUAAUGAGUUCAUUUUGAAUUUGAUACAUGAAAAUAUCAGCGUGAUUAUGCCCAUCAUGUUUAAACCUCUUUAUACUUAUUCACAUCAACACUGGAACAGAACAAUACAUUCACUGGUUUACAAUGCACUCAAGAUAUUCAUGGACAUGGAUCCAGCCUUAUUUGAGCAAUGUACUGCUGUAUAUAAACAGAAUGAAGAAAAUAAACAACUCGACAUACAAAAAAGACAAGAAGCUUGGGAUCUUGUCAAAAAAGAAGCUGCUAAAAAACAAAUAGAAUAAUAA